AUGACUUUGGGUGAAAAUAUCCUAUUUGUAUCCACAGUAAGAUAUGAGAGGAAUCCUAUGAUGGAUGCCCUGCUCCAGUUGAGAUAUCACUUCACAUGGGAUUUAAUGAGAGAAGACAUAGACUUGCCUGAUUUAGAAAACAGGAUUCUGGAAGAAAUUAAUUUCCUGGACACGAAGUCCAAUGUGGGAAUUCACAAUACAUUAGCUUAUGUAAAGUAUGUGAGAGGUCAAAAUGAGGAGGCUCUGGAAAUCUUGAGAAAAACUGAAGAAUUGAUCCAACUGUUUCAUGAUGAUCAAGCAGAAAUAAAAAGCUUUGUGACCUGGGGAAACUAUGCUUGGAUCUAUUAUCAAAUGAACAGGCUGCUUGAAGCCCAGACUUACCUACGCAGGGUAGAGGCAAGUUGUAAGAGGCUUUCAAGUCCUUUCCGCUAUAAAGUGGAACUUGCAGAAAUUGACUGUGAAGAAGGGUGGGCACUGCUCAAGUUUGCAUGGACAUAUUAUGAAAAGGCCAAAGCUUGUUUCCAAAAGGCUCUGGAAUCAGAGCCUGAGAACCCUGAAUUCAACACUGGAUUUGCAAUCACCAUGUUUCGCCUGGACAGUCCUGGCAAACAGCAUCCUAGUAUUUCUCUAGAACUACUCAGGCUGACAGUCAAUAACCCAGAAGAUGCUUACAUUAAGAUUCUUCUUGCACUGGCGCUCCAGUCCUUUGAUGAAGAGGAAGAAGGAGAAAAGUACCUUGAAGAGGCUUUAAACAGUAAGUCCUCACAACCCUAUGUCCUUCAUUAUGCAGCUAAAUUUUACUGCAAAAAAUUGUGCCUAGAUAAAGCACUUUAUCUCUUUCAAAUUGCUUUGCAGGCCACUCCAUCCUCUGCUGUCCUGCAUUACCAGAUCGGAUUUUGUUACAAGACAAAAAUGAAUCAAAUCAAGAAGGCUACCAAGAAUCAUCCACAUGGCAAGGAUAGAGGAAAUCUUGAAAGAGCAAUUCAGUCAGUCAUAUUUCAUUUUAAAAAGACAAAAGAAUUUAAUCCCACAUUGGAAGAUAGUUAUAUAGAACUAGGCAACAUGUAUGCAGAAGCAGGUGACUUCCAUGAAGCAGAAGAAAACUACCAGAAGGUGCUGAAUAUGAAGCACCAAAAGAUCCACAAUAACUAUGGUUGUUUUCAGCAGUUUCUUAGGAGAUCUGAAGUUGAUGCUCUCAACCAUUAUUUGGAAGGAUUAAAAAUAGAUGUAGAGUCAAAACGCAAAAUGGUCUUUGUAUCUGCUGUGGAGAAAUUAACUAAAAAGGGACUUCGUAGAAAUCCAUCUGAUGUGAAAAUUUUGAGUCUCCUGGGGUCCAUCAGAUCAAAGAACCCUAAGAAGUCAGAAAGAGCUACAAGAGAGGGAGCUAUGAACCUAAAUCCUGGAAAUGAAAGCCUUCUUGGCCUUCUUUGGGAAAUCACUCCAAAAGUUCAUUAA